UAAAUGUGAAUCAAAGGUUUGGACACUGACUAAUGCGCUUGUUAAAACAGCGUUAUUUUGUGUGGAAAAGAAAAGAAGAUGAUAUAAAUAACUGGCAUGGGGUUCACGUUUAAUUUACGGACUUCUGAGGGAAAAUAGGUUUGUUUUAAAGAAGGUCGCAAGUCGUUUAUUUGUUUAUAAAAUGUGAUGGGCGGCGACGGGAGUAAAAAUAAGGCAUCAUCAUCAUCUUCAUCACUGGUGAAGAGGAGAUCCCUGUCAUGUCAUCAGGGCUUCCUGUCUCUCUCGGCUCCGCUUGUUCAUCACAGCGCCCAGCACAGAGAAUACCCCAUCAUCUCUGAGCAAUCUCGGCCCUCAGACGCAAACCCUGAGGGGCCUUGUCUAGAGUGGACACUGCCAGGCUUUAUUUCCAUUUUCCUGCCAGAAUUCCCGCACAGGUUUACUGGACACAUGCAUUUACAGAUUCUUGGUUUUAUAGCUAAAGGUUCGUUUGGUCCAAUCCUGAAGGUGAAGGACCUGUCUAAAGAUGAGACCUAUGCUAUUAAGGUUUUACCCAAGGCUGAUGUUUUGAGACAUGGAGUCCUCCAGCAGUCCAAAGAGGAGGUUAUAAUUCAACGACAAGUCAGGCAUCCUUUCCUCCUCAGUCUCCGGGACUGUUGGCAGAGCCAGAGCAAUCUUUUCAUCAUGUGUGAUUACUGCAGCACUGGAGACCUGUAUACUUACUGGACACUGAAGGGCCGGUUUGAUGAGAGAGAUGUUCGCGUGUUUGCUGCUGAAUUGGGCUCUGCCCUGGGAUUUUUGCAUGACUUCGGAAUAAUACAUAGGGAUGUGAAGAUGGAGAACAUCCUUCUGACUGAUAAAGGUCACGUCCGCUUGACUGAUUUUGGGCUGUCUCGCCGCCUUGAGCGUGGGGAUAGAGCAUUUACUAUCUGUGGCACAAUACAGUACAUGGCUCCUGAAGUCCUGAGCGGGGGCCCGUACGGCCAUGCUGCAGACUGGUGGUCUCUUGGUAUUCUUAUCUACGCUUUAGCCACUGGAGGGUUUCCUUUGCCUGCGGAAGCAGACCACUGUAGUAUGAUGAACAGGGUCAGUGAGCAUCCAUACGACAUGCCUGAAAACCUCAGUCCAGCUCUGGCCUUUCUGCUCAUAGAGCUUCUCUGCAAGUUCCCCACGCGUCGCUUACGGUGCCUGGAGCACUUCCAAGGCCAGAAGUUUUUCCACGGCAUGUCCUUUGAUUCCCAGCUGCUGCAGAAACGUCCCGUCAAGCCAAUCCUCGAGCUGAAGAAUCAUCCUGACCGAUCGGAAAGGUCCAUGCGAGGUUUAUCGUCAGAUCUGCUUAAGAAUUUUGAGUGUGACCUGCUGAACUCUCCAUCGACCCCUGUGGAUUUGUCCUUGAUGAAGUUUGAGGUGAAUGAAGACACAGCUGGGACUGAAACACAAGCAACAGAAACCAGUUCACCGUGAAAACAGAAAUUUCUCUGUGACAUGCAACGUUUUGCCAAAGACAAGAUAAAAUGUCAGUAUUUUUUGAUAAUUCACCUAGAUGAGACAAGCCAUUCAUUAACAAGUCUUACUACUGAGUUGUUUAAGUAUAUAUAAUAAUUAGAUUUCUUUUUUUUUCAGAAUUUGCAGAAAGUUUAUUAGACUUUUGACCUCACUUUUACCUUUUUUUGCCUUGGAGUAUUUUUAUAAUGAUAGAACUGUAGGGUUUUUUCUUAAUUUUUUAUACCGGUUACAGUGGAUAAACUAA